AUGUUGGGCUUUUCCUCAGCUGCCUUUAUAUCACGCCCCAAGGCUAUUCGUGAAGACCCAGAUAGUCAGCACAAGCAUGUUCGAAAAAAAGAAUCUUCCAGGAGAUUUCUCGUCCAGAGACAAGGAUACCUCAGAAACAGUAAAAGGAUUAUGGAGUUGGGAGCAAAGAGUAUUGCAAUCUUUGAUCUCGCACUCAAUCUGCGCUCAGAGAUUGAUGUGUCAACCAUAAUGACCGUCAAGGUUGGUCCAGAUGAGUUUUCUUUUACCUUACAACUGCAAAAAUCAGCUGAAGCUUACUCUUGCCUCCAACGAGCGGAACUUCUCAGUGUCUUGCUUCCGAUUGUGCAGGGAGAUGUUGGAGGUCAGAUCUUUUCACUGCUCAAGUGGAGCAAGCAGAUGUUAUGGGCAGGAAGUCUUGAUGAGAGCUACAGAAAAUUUGCUAAGUACCGUAUCUGGUCAGGUAAAAUCACGGUAAUUGAAGAGGACAAUGCAAUAGCAUCUACUGAGAUAUCCAUUCACGAGAUUUCGAAGGUCCAGCCUCUUGCAGAUGACAACUGUGGAUUGGUGCUGAUGAUGAAGAACAAGAGGAUCAUUCGCUUUACAUGUCUCUGUAACGAAGAGGCGCCCUAUCGGCAAUUCUCCAACAGAGAUAGAAUGGUUCGUGCCAUCACUGAUUCUGCUUUGGCACAGCUUGGAAUUACCUUACCCGUAGAAAACAUCCAGUCUCAGGACGCGUUUGUAUUGUUUCGACUGUGGAAUGCAAGCUCUAUUGACAACGUCAUUUCAUCGUUUGCUAUUCAAAGAUUGUCCAAGAAAUCCAAGAAGCGAAUCGUCAGUUUGAGUUCGAAUGGAAUGUACGAACGAGAUGUUGAAAACACCUCUCUUGUUCAUCACACCAUUGCUUGGUCACACAUCCUGCAUUUUGUUCGCUAUCCAUUUCAAGGCGAUGAACCAACUAGCCAGCCAGCCAAAUCGAAGUUACCUACUUUCGCGAUAUGCACACAAGAUGGAAAAUUACAUAGAUAUGAACUCGCUCAUCGUGAUGAGAUACUUACUUGUAUGAUGGAAAUUGCCUGCAGACAGGGUAUUUGGCUUUCAGUAGCUCCGGAAGCUCUUUCUGUUGACUGGAGGAUGGGAGGAUCCGGAUUAGAUGGGGACAAAGAAUAUGAAGAUUCUUUCUUCGAGAGAUUGUCGUCGUUGACGGUCAAGGAAGAUAACGUUUUGCAGUGGGUUGACAUGGCGAACGAGUGCAAUUGUAAUUUUUCUGGAUCUUCAUUGGGCAGAGUGCUGUCGAGAAAAAUUCUCCAAAAUUUUUUAAAUAUUUCCGUCCGACAAGAAAAGCAUAAUGCGAACAUCACGGUGCCACUUCUCAUGGCAUUCUUAAAGUUGUUGAGUUCGAGAAGUGCUUUUGAAGAGAUUCCACUCCUACGAAAAGACGUGUCAAACAUCUGGACUCAAUUUCUGUCUCUGAUCUUGAGCGACAAUGAUUUGGUGUCUCUUGCUGUCACUGGCGCCAUUCGAUCAAUGAUCCGCUUCUCGAAUCGUGGAAUAUCCGACAAAAUGCGAAAUGGCAUCGAGAAAUAUGAGACAGCCAACUCAUCCUCAAUCGUAGACAACGAAUUGGUUUCCAUCAUUUUAGAGAAGAUCGCAAAUGUGUCCAACCGAUGCAAUCCUAAGAGCCCCAUUGCAAUCUUCGGAAUCAUGGAAAUCAUUGAUAAAAUUUUCACAUGCCGUACUAGCAUGAUGGACUCAGAGCUUGCUGAACGAAUGUCACGGAGUCUCUCCAAUGCAAUUGAUGACCUCUGUGGGCUCUGCCGCAUGCCCAACCGUGUUGUGUGCAAGCGUUCAACACAGCUGCUUAUCACAAUACUCCAAGAUGCCGAUGAGAAGAAAAGGAUUGAAUUACAAAAUGCGUUGCGAAGUAGGUGCAUACUCCUUCCGCACAUCCGCUACGUCAUCAGCUCAGCUUCGUUACACUUGUCUACUGCUGUUGAUUCCAGUGUUGAGGUGCAGUCGUCUUUUCACUUUGCUCUCCAUCAGGAAAAGGAUACAAGAGCACUCUUUUCCGGCCACAUGGAUUCCGAUCAGGCCGACUUAUCUGCGAACUUGAUCGAGCUGCUCGUCGAAGGGAAUCCAUGCAGCAUGGAUCUCCUCUCUCGCAUCCUCCCUGCCUCCUUAUUCUCUUCCCUCCGCGUCCCAUGGCAAGAGUCUGCGACAGCCACCCUGCAACAAAGGGGAAGAUCUGCCAGGGUGCGAUCGGCAGUGAACAAUUGGCCCCUCUUAUUUCAGAGGCUUCGAUCGGAUCUUUCCGAUGCAUCUCUCAUUUGGAAUGAGAGCACGCGUAAUGAACUGCGUGAGGCUUUGCAGGAGGAGGAAGAGGCGCUGAUAGCGUCAAUAGAGGUCUACGGGGCCUCAAAUGUGACUUGGAAUGACGAGGAUUUCUUCGUACACUACAGGAGCCUCGAGCAGGAAGUGCGAGUGGGAGCAUAUUACCUCCGAUUUGUUCUCUUUGAUGAUUUCGACGUGGAGGUACUGGGAUCAGGAGCAAGUCGCUUUCUCGGGCAGUUGUACCAUUCCUUCCUCACAGAGCAGAACCCAGCGGUCAAGGUGGACUGUCUGCUGGCAAUGUCGAAGGUGUACAAGCGAUGGAGCAAUCAGCCGUUUGACUCCCUCACCCUCUCGUCCCUUGUUCGUAUCCUUGCAGACACUGACUGCAGCAAGAAUGUCAGGAACGCCCUGAUCGAUUUUCUCCAGACGGUAAGUGAAAGAGAUUCUUCUGAUAUCAACUUACAUGGUUUGCAGGCCAUAUGUAACCCGGUCAAUGCACGAAACCUGCUUUCAUUCCCUCUCUUCAUACCCUCUAUCCUCCAGAUUCUUUCCAGCAGCAUGUCAAGUGAUUAUGUACAGAUGGACUGGAUCAGUAUGGACAAGAUUGGAAUGACCAUUAAGUGCGCUAACCUGCUACAUGUUCUUGUCUCUCGAACUUCAUCAAAAGCAACCAACAAGAUUGUUCGCCCUCUCCCGCUUGCUCAAAGAGUGCUUUCCAAGGAUGAACGAGUACGUCAAGUCGUCUGGUUGCUCCUCCUUCCUAAUGAAACCUUUCUCUGUCGUAUGCUCGAAAUCGUUGAAAUUCUCUUGCAGCAGAGCGGAUGUUGUUCAUUCCUUCCAGCAACGAAAUCUCUCCUUUUGUAUCUACUGAUCAAUUGUGUUGAUUUUUCUCGGUCAAUUCAAUCCGGAAGCGAGCAAGGAGAGGCUGUCAAAGAUAGCUUGCUGGAGAAGGCUGGUAAAAUGAUCGGACAGAUGUGGGAAGGAAGCGAGAACAACAACAGCUGUACAUGCAAGAUCGAGGUGCAAGAGACCAUGCUGGAUUUGAUCCCGAUUUCACUCUUCUUGCUUCUCAAGAAGGAAGGCGCAACUUCCUUCGUACGUACCCUGUCCUCCGAACGAAAAGAUGUGUCAAUCCUUUGGACCAGGAGCAUGAGAGAAAGAAUGUCACAGGCCUUGAAGUUGCACCUUUGCAGAACUUUACGAGAAGAGCAGGAAGGAAAGAUAGGCUUCGAAAGAAUGCCGAAGAUUGUCUACAACGAGCAUAUCGAAUCAGAUUGGCUUGGAUGCGAAGACUUUGGCUACUACUUGUCCCAUCUUGAAAGCUCCUCUUCCAUGGUCUCUCCCACCGACAUCGUUCAAUUCCGCCAACUUAUUCUGCAACGACUCGCGGAUGCCUCAACCGGCUUAUCGACCCAGGCGAUUCUGCUGUCACUACUUGCGAAUAUCAUGGAGGAGAAUCACGUGCUACAGUUCGAAGAGGACGCGCAUGCUGUCAAACAGUCCGAAGAGACUGAAGAAGCAGGCAAGGAGGAUUCGUCGCGAUUCGCCGAGUUCAAAAUCCUCGCAGGACUGCUCAAAGAAGAUGCCAUGUAUCAAGAGGAAGCAGGAAGGGGAGGAGGAGGAGGCAAUCGGAGUCCAAGCAGGGAGAGGAUGAUGGUGCAGAUGAAUGUGAUGCGCGUGUGCAGAUGGAUGGUGAAGGCUUCUCCCGAUAGCAGUUCGACCGUCAGUUCGACCGUCUCUCUGUGUAUCCAGCUGGGCAUCGCAGACUUUGUGGAUUCGGUGCUUAAGCAGUGCAUCUCGUGCAUGUUUGUGAGCAGAAAGCCAGGAGAGGAAACUAACGUACUUGGGGGCUCGACUGCGGGAGAUUCAGUUGAUAGUCAAUCUGAAUCAGAUUGUAUCCUACAGCUCACGUUGGCUGCCAUUCGCUUCGCCUCUGACUUUGCACGAUAUCCUGAGGGUCUCAACAGGUGGGAGCGCGAACAGGGCAUUGUGCAUGUGCUGCUGCUUUGCUUGCAGAGUGACCAUAGCGACAUCAUACAAGCGGCGAUCGAAUGCAUGGGUCAUGUCUGCUCCUCCCAGCUGCUGCAUGCUGCUCUCAUUCGCGGGCACUUUCACCUUCUGCUCUUGCGACAGUUAUUGCGAGAUGUCUUUGCCAUGACGGAUGGAGCAGAUCGGGUGACUGUGUCGAUAGUGAGCAUACGCACUCGCUGCCUGUCCACCUGUCAGGCCCUCUACUCCUUCGCCUUUGGCAAGCACAACACGCAAGAGAUCCAGGAGGAGCUUGUCUGCCUCCUCACUGCCCCCAUGCUCGAGCGCCUUGACAGCGCCGCAGAGUUUCUCGGGAUCUUUGCGGCGGAGCAUCGGACGCCCGACUUGGUGUGGGGGAGCUGCAACCGGCGAGAGCUGCGCAGCCUCGUCAAGAAGACGUUCAAGCAUCUCAACGUAACGUCUCCUCAAAUCAACGAGCAGCCUCCCAGCUGGCCUUCCUUGACUGGCUCGCCCAGCGUCAGCGAAGAAUCAGCGAGCAUGUCCAACGACAUUGCAAAAUUUUCUUAUUCAAACAUCUGCAACCUCACGCGUGUUGGAGGGAUUUACAUUGAGAUAUUCAAUGAUCAGCCAAACUGGCCUCUGGAAGAUCCUGCCACCCUGCUAGGGAAACUUUUUGAUGCUAUGGCGCAUGGGGUGGAGGGAAAUGAAAUGACAGACAAUCAGAAAGUGGAAGCUAUGAAGGCGGCUUUGAACAUUGCAAAAAGACUUCCCUCUUCCUCCGUGUUGAGCUCCCCAACUCGCAUCGUCCUCCUCGCCGACCUCCUUCCAGCUCAGGAAGAUUUCUGGGAACAAGAGGGGGUGGCUCAGAGGCUGCUGGGAUUCCUCAACGCGUCACUUGGAAUCUUUUCUCCGUCGCUCUGUCUCGAUGAAUCGCAUCAAGCCGAAGCUUUUGACUCAUCUGCUUCAUGUCGAGAGUUGAAGGAUUGCUUGGAGAGUGUUGUGUUUCGACGUCUCUGUCAAGAAUCUUACCUGACGGUCCUCCUGCUUCUCCUCUUCAAAGAUUCGAUUCCCAUGUCUCUGCGAGCUGAGGCAGCUUCGUCCAUCUCUGAAUUCUGCACGUCGGAAAAUGCUGAGAGGAUGAAAGAGUAUUUAAAGAUGGUUUGUCCUCGCCAUCUUGUCAGUGAGCUAGCUCGACCGCGAAAAGAAGACAAUCAGAUCCUUCAUGUCGUGUUGGCAGUUGAUCAAGAUGUCAAGACAGAGGAGAGCGAGUGGAAUCGUGAUGAUUGUCAGGAAGUUUUGACGUUUCUGUGUGAGUCUCGACAAAAUUUCUCCUGGGAAAUUUCGCGGUUAAGCUAUCUGGAAAAGCAAGAAAGCAGAAGAGUCGGGGACUACUUGAUUGACAACCUCAACAUUCUCUUGAAGGAAGGGAAAGAUCAAUCGCAGCUGAUCAAAGAUCCUGCCUCCUUCUUCAGGAUCUGCUCGGAGGAGGUGAAGCACAACACAGACACCAACGAGGCGAUCGCUGAGUGGCCAGAUGGCUGCGAGCGACUCAAACAAGUCCUUGAGUCGCUGGGUUGGCUUGCAAGAGGAGGACUCGUGCCUCGAUCAGUUUGGGACGAGAAGGCCAUCUGUCUGGUGCCGUCGCUCAUGAAAGUUCUUUCCGCCAUGUCCAGAUCCUCCCACCCGAUUCGCCCGAAGUUCUUUCGCAUCCCCGACAAUGUUCGGUCGCUGAUUUGGAUGGUGAUGGAGGGGUCGAGGCAUGAGGAUGCGGCGGGCGAAGAGGUGCUGGCAGCAUCUGUUCACAUCCUUGCAGCGAUGAUGCGCGAGAAUUCGUCGAUAGUGGAGCUCGUGCUUCAAGACGGCAUCAUGCUUUCCCAGCUGAAGGCGAUGGCCGAGCGGCGUGAGCCCAACGUCCUGCACCUCAUGGGCGAGAUGCUGGCGCACCCGAGCAUGGGGGAGGCGAGUAGCCUCGUCUUCUCCUCGGCGCUGACCCUCCGUCAUCAUAGUCUGUGCGGCUUGCAAUCCCUGAACGAACUUUCUGGGACCGCGUGGAGGAGGCUUCGCCACUGGUUGGUUGGGAUAGCCCGGCUUUCAAGCGGCUACACUCUGAAGUGCUGCCGUCAAUCGUAUGGCGAGCUGUACCUGAGGAGGAGGAGGAGGAGGAGGAGGAGGAGGCAGGGGGGAGGGAAGGAAAGCAGAGAUGAGAUGAUGAUCAUGGAUAUGUAG